AUGGUGAAUCUCGGCAUGGAUUUCGAUGAUAUCGCCCUCGAAGCCAUCGAUAGUCGGCGACAGGAAUUAGUGAAGCUGGCUUCUGGAUCAGGCCUCAAAAUCGCCGAGCUCGCGAAUCGCUAUCGGCAACGAGAUGACGGUAUGUUGGUCUCCAUGCAUUGCGGGUCAUUCAACUUCAGCUUCCGAGUCAACUGGGAUGAUGGAGGGGAAGAUUGGUUAAUUCGAUUUCCCCUACCUGGGAAAUCCAUGUUUCUCGACGAGAAGGUCCGAAGAGAGGCAUGGUUGAUGCAAUAUCUUGCCAAAGAAACUACGAUUCCUGUACCGCGCGUCAUCGCUUAUGGAAUGGGCGAUAAGAAUCCGACUGGCCUGGGUCCUUUUAUUCUCAUGACCUGGAUUGAUGGCAAGAAUAUGGCAGAUUUAAUCAAAUCAAAAGACCGCCCUGACAACAUUGGUGAGGAUAGCGUUGCGGGGAAGCCAGUUGUUGAUGGACGACCCUUGACUCGGGAGAUGAACGAGUUAAUACGAACCUGCGGGUUGAAUGACUGUAUGCCAGAAAGGACUUAUCAAACCUCUGUCGAUUACAUAGGAUCCCUUCUGGAUCUGCAGUCAACACACCUUGAACAGCAGCAAAAUAGUGUGUACAGCUCCAGGGAUUGCAGAGAGAAAUAUGCGUGUCGUCAGUUGAUGAAAGCUAUCGCGCUGAAUUUUAUCCCUCCGAGUGACUGUGGUCCUUUCAAGCUGUUUUGUGAUGAUCUCCGCCCUGGCAAUAUUCUCGUGGAUGACUCACUUCGGAUUGUGGGUGUUAUUGACUGGGAGUUCAGCUAUGCAGCCCCUUCUCAAUUCGCGGGAAGUAUUCCUUGGUGGUUAAUCCUAGAGCGGCCUCAUCGGAUCGCCAAUCAACGUGGCGCUGAAGCCUUCUUCCAAGAGUUCCUUCCAAAGGCCACGCUAUUCUUGGAAGCACUAGAAGCUCGAGAGGAAACUCAUGGAUUGACUGAACAUAACUCCCGCCUCUCAGUUCGGAUGCAUCAGUCUAUUGAAAAUAAAUCUGCAUGGUUUGCACUUGCUUUACAUGCACUGUCUACUGUUGAUCUCAUAUAUUGGGAUUUACUCGAUGAAUAUUGCUGGGGGCCAAGGUCAAGCAUAGCAGAGAGAGUUCAUCGGGUUACAACAACACCAGAAAUUUACAAGGCACGAGAAGAUUUCGUUCAAUCAAAAAUCAAACAGCUCCAGGAAUACUACAAAGAGCUUGGGGUGGACUUAAGUGUUAGCUAUGAAGCAGAGGAGCCACUUCAGUCGAUACCUGAAGUUAAGGGCGACCCAGCUCCACAGGUAUGA